AUGAUUUUCCGGAACAGGCGGUUUCGUGGUGAAUUAAAGAACAAGGGAAUGGACAAAUAUAAGACGGACUUAACAUUCAAUAGAAACAAGCCUAAGGCUUCACUUCCAUGGGGUUUCAUAUUUGUUGGUUAUGGAAUGUCGGUGGGAUGCAUUGCUUCUGGGUCUUUUUUCACCACAUUAUACAGCAUACAAUGGGGUCAGGAAAUAUCGAAGGACUGGUUAAUUGCUAUUCUGUUUGGAGCAAGCAAUGAAGUGGCUUUUAUUGAACCCAUAAAAACAAUCAUAUUGUCCAUGGUGCUUGCCUGCAUAUUUAAGGGCUUGGCGAGGAGUUCCAUCAGUGAAAUGGCACCUUUUCAAAUUGAUGACAGUAUCAGCUUGGGCACCCCAGCAAAGCCUAGUCAGUGGCCAGGAGAUACUGAAGACUCCGUGAACAAGGCUAGAAUGAAGAAAAUGCGACUUCUUGACCGGCGUUUGUUUACACACUUCAGGGGAUUCCUCGGAAACCUUUUAUAUAUUGGGGUCCUGGUUUUAAUUUGUUCCCACAAUGUUGUAGAAGAAGCAAACUACCAAAACGCCGAAUUGAUCAAUCAACUAAAACCAUUGAAGAAGUUGAAUGAAACUGCUGACGUUUGGGCCUGGCUGAGUACUAGGUAUGCUAACAACGUUUUCCCUAAGACUUGGUAUAACGGGGAUCAUAGACUACCACCUGAAAGAAAAUACAUGAGUGAUGCAACAAGCUAUCGCAUGGGUCCUGUCCGACUGCGCCAAAUACGUAUUACAGGUAAAUGUUAUAUACCGGAUGUGAUGCAGAAAGCCGUGAAUGUUUGCAGGCACGAAUACAAAGAAAAAUACGAAGACAAGGCAGGAUAUUGUCCAGAAUGGACAACAUAUCGGGGCUCUUGUGACGGAAGUGGAUUUACGUACGUUUCCGGCAAUGCGACUUCCGCUCUACCAUAUACUGGAAUAUUUGGGACUUACAGCGGUGGCGGAUAUGUUAAAGAUAUAAACCCAUUCUUGGCAGAAGUCACUUACGAAAUCAGCAAGUUAGCCAACAGCAAAUGGAUAGAUGAAAACACCCGAUUUGUCGUGGUGGAAAACAUGGUGUUUAAUAGCAAUUCCAGACUAUUUAGUUUGACCAGUAUGGUGAUCGAGUUUCCAAGUACCGGUGGUAUUUACCUCAAGCCAAAGGCUCAAUCAGCACGUCUUUAUCCGUAUGUAAACGUAUGGGACUACCUGGUUCUUGCGGCUCAAGGCCUGUUUGCCCUUAUAACAUUUGUUAGAAUCUUGUUUCUAGUGUAUGAUGCGUGGAAGCUAAAAAUGCAAUGUUUCACGUCAUUAACAUUUUUAGGUAAAUGUUUCAGUGUCGGAUUUUCCGUGGCAGCCAUUGUCUUUUACAUUAUCAGGAUAGAUCGAACCAUAUAUAUAAUCGAGAAGAUAUUCAAUUCCGCUGAAAACUUUUUGUCAUUUGAAAUAGUCGUGUUCUAUGACAACAUCUACAAACUUUGCAUUAGCAUCGUCCUGUUCGUGUCAAUCUUGAUGCUCCUGAAGCCUUUGACCUUCAACUACUACCUGUAUAUGAUGAAGACAUCAAUUAUUGUAUCGAAAGUAGAUCUUCUCAGUUUCAGCGUCAUCCUUGGGAUUGCUAUGACUGCAUUCGCUUGUAUCGUUCACCUUUUUAUAGGUGCAACAUCCUUCUCUUUCAUGACUAUGGCCAGUUCCUAUAUAACCCUCUUCAGAACCCUGUUAGCCAUGGUUACAUUACGGGAACUCAUGGGGAGCACGGAUGAAAUCGUGACAGAGAUCGUGUUCACGAUUUUCAUCUUCACAAUGACUUUGGUUCUGCUAAACAUGUUUAUCUGUAUCCUAAAUGAUGCCUUUAGCUUUGUGAAAGACGGCAAGAGCGCCGGGUUAGUAACACCAUUUGACAGCGAGCUAAACAAACAUUUCUGGAGGAAGAUAAAUCAGGCAUUUAACUGUCGCAGUAACACAAACCAUAAGGACAGCAAAAAACCCAAAGGUCAAGACUUUUCAGAUUUGCAAAAUCAGAUCGAUGCCCUUUCCAACAUAUUAUUUUCGAAAUCACAAGAAGAAACGAAUGAAGAGAGAAGAAUUAUCAAUCUAAUGAAUAGGAAAUGA